CAUCUUCACUUUCAUCGGCGCGAUACAAUAUUAUUUAUGGAACCGAAAAUAAGGAAAAAGUAUGUUAGAAAGACGAUACAAAUUCGGCCUCCGCGUUGCCGAUUGUGCAAAAAUAUUUGCGAAGCGAACAAACUGCUGUGGGAUCGUGAUUUCCGUGAAAAGCUGCAGGACGUUAUUUGCCUCUGGAUAAAAGUUGUACCAACGGAGAAAUUCCACAUCUGCAGCGCUUGUCAGACGACUGUAGAAGAUUUCUACGCCUUCAAAUCCCAAAGCCGUAAAGUGCUACGUGGUGAAAUUGUGCUAGAACCGCAGAAAACUCGCUGUGUUACCUCGCCACCAAAGACCGACAAUGAUUGUACCAACGAGAACCAUGAGCUACCACCAACUUUGGAAACGCUGCUGGACGAUUGUGAGGACGAGAUCGUUCUACCUGCACAAACAGUGGAAGAUAUAAGUCUACAAGUUGAAUUGACCAAAAAGAAACCACGUCGAUCGUAUCGUCGUAAAGAUAACAAAGAAGUGAGAUUGAAGCGACCGCCCCAUCGUAAAACCGAAGAGGAGAAAACCAUGACUCCGGCCGAAUACCGCAAACACUGGAAUCAAAUGUACCGUGAUCGCUACAAGGUAAUGUGCGACAUUUGCGGCAAGACUAUUCAGAAGGUUCUUAUUGAGAGUCACUUGAAUCGACACCGAGGCGUACAACCGUACGCUUGCGAACAAUGUGGGCUGCAGUUCCAUUGUAAAAAUAAUUUUCGUAAACACGUUCAGCGGAGUCACGCAAUUAAUGACGAGGUUGCGUGCGAAAUUUGCGACAAAGUUCUUGUUAGUCAAAUUGCUUACAAACAGCACCUGAGAUCCGUACAUCGCGAAAGAAAAUUCCAAUGCGUCAUUUGUGGACUUAAAAUUCAUUCGAAGAGAGCUCUGGAGCAACACAUGGACAUUCACAAUCAAAAGCGGGAUUUUGUAUGUCCACAUUGUGGUAAAACGUUUUAUCGUCAGUAUGUGCUCAAUAUCCAUCUGAGGACCCAUUCGGGAGAAACGCCGUACGUGUGUCACAUCUGUAAGGCCGCCUUUGUCCAUCGACGAAUCUACGUGAUGCACAUGCAAAAGCUUCAUCCAAACGAACCGAUGAUGCGUAUGGAUGGUGUGAAAACACUAAAAGAUGCAUUAAUGAAACGAGAAAACUUUUGAAGUGUAUAUAAACUAAAAUAAGACCUGAGCUGUUGUACGAAGCAUUUGGAAUUGAAAUAAGAUGAAAAACCUGUAAACUUGCAACCUUAUUUUUACCCCCAUUGAAUUUGUAGCAGACUUGAAUAACCACGUAGACAAAUUCAACAUUCGGA